UAUGUCUUAAAUUAAAGCAGAAAACGGAAAAAUAUAGAGAAGACGUUUUUGGGGGGAAAGGCAUACACGCAUCUUUGGAUUGUUUUCCCCAAAAUCGUCCAAUAGAAAUAACCGUUACAGGCUGUCAAUCAAUUUUAAGUAUGCUAUUUGAAAGCUGUCCCCGUGAAGGCUUAGUUAUUUUCAAUCAAAUCUUGUUACUGUACAGUAACUGUUAUUUUAAUCACCUUCACUACAGUUACUGUAAGCGCAGAAGAUUAUGCUUUCCAAAUCCAAUUCGAACAUCUCAGUGCAUUCCAGACAAAAGCCUAAAUGCGCCCGUUGUAGAAAUCACGGCAUUUAUCAUGUUCCGUUGAAAGGCCACAGAAAUGUUUGUCCGCACAGGCAAUGUAACUGUGAGGGGUGUGGUUUGAUCUCAGAAAGAAAUCUUCUUGCGAUAAAACCAGGACGUCAAACGGAGGUAGUCGGCGAAAAACUACGCACGAGGAAGAAAAUGAUGCAAAAGCGAGAAGAUUUGAACACGAGCAAAGCUUUGAUCGACCCCACAAUGGCAGAUGCCUUACCAACUUCAUGUUUGCCGGGGAAAGGUAAAAUUUUUAAGUCGUACGUUCGGAAUGCUGUAGAGGCUUUGCUCUUUAGAUAUCCUGCCGAAUCCAGCGAAAACAAUCUGACAGAGGUCAACACAGAUGAUGUUUUAAGUGCGAAACAAGGUUCUCCAAAUCUACUCCAAGAGCAGCCAAGACUUCUUCCAGUAUGUGCAAACCUGUCCAGCCCAUCCCACCCUUACUAUGGCUAUGUACAGCGCGCCCCCCGGAUGCGGAAUUUUAGUCCUGGUGCCCCACCCAACGUCACGAUUGGUCCCCAUGGAUUUCACAGAGUGAUGGUGCCAGAGCAGACAAACUGGUUCCUGAGUUACUCCUCCCUGGAUUCUCCAAACUUCUCUUCACCUUUGCUUCAGUGUACUUUGAAUGAUGUUCUGUUGAGAGUGGUUUCUCUUCUAACUCAUUCCCUCUUUAAACUUCCAGGACAUCCUGCCGAAUCCAGCGAAAACAAUCUGACAGAGGCCAACACAGAUGAUGUUUUAAGUGCGAAACAAGGUUCUCCAAAUCUACUCCAAGAGCAGCCAAGACUUCUUCCAGUAUGUGCAAACCUGUCCAGCCCACCCCACCCUUACUAUGGCUAUGUACAGCGCGCCCCCCGGAUGCGGAAUUUUAGUCCUGGUGCCCCACCCAACGUCACGGUUGGUCCCCAUGGAUUUCACAGAGUGAUGGUGCCAGAGCAGACAAACUGGUUCCUGAGUUACUCCUCCCUGGAUUCUCCAAACUUCUCUUCACCUUUGCUUCAGGUAACAUUCUUUGUUUGUGUUUUCAAUUGAAUGUCGUAAAACCAAAACCAAAACUAAAACCAAAAAAAAGUAUUUGCCUGACUUUCGACACUCAGAAAGGGAGGGAGCUCAGUAUGGUAAAGAAACAUACCUUAAACGUAAAAAACUUUCCAGAUAAAUAGCCAAGAUUUCCACCAAACACACACAACCUGAAAAAGCACAUGACACCCAAAAUAAGAAGCAAAUAUCAGAAGCCCUCGUUUCAACGUAUACAAAUGUAUACCUUAAAAAUUCUGUCGGUAAAACCAAAAUCCCUGGCCGACCCUGUAUUUUUUAAAUUCAUUACCAAUCAGCUUUUACUGGGUGAAAUUAGACUGAAAUUCAUAAAGAGACUCAGAUUCGUUCCACAC